GUUCGAGUCUCAUCUCUCGUGUUUUAGGCCGAUUUCACGCUAGGUUGUUCGUGUUUGUGAUAUUUCAAGUCCUAGUACGUGAAGGAAGGUUCGGGCACGAGUUCGGGGUCGAUUGGAUGAAGUUGGAACGAUUGACAGGAAGCUGGGAAACACAGCCGUGUGGAAGCUCUUUUGCGCGGGCAAACCACACUGGUCGUGUAAAGGACCCUUUGUGGCCGUAUGGAAAUCCCUGAGACCUUCAAACGGGCAGGCCGAGAUUCUACACGGGCGUGCAGUUUUGGCCGUGUAGUGUGCAUGAAGGCACAUAAGUGAAACGUGGCGUUUUACACCUCCACACGGGCAGCUGGGAAUUCUACACGGCCGUGUAGUCGCGGAAUUCUGGGUUUUAACCCAAUUUCGGGUCUUUUGAGGGGGUAUCGAUUUUCAGAGCUAGAAACAGAGUCCUAAAGAGAGAAAGUGCGAAGAACACACCCUAGAGGUGAUUUUGGACUGGGUUUCAUCAAUCAAAUUUGGAUUUUAUCCUUGGAGUGAAGAUUAUAAUCCCAAAGCAGAUUCUUCCCAUCUUGAUGAGUAUGACUGCCUUGUUUUCUGUUUUCCUCUCUCUCUCCCUCUGUACGGAGUAGAACCCCCUCUCGCUUGGGUAUGAAGAACCCUAGUUCCAUGUGUUAGGGAUAUCGUUUGUAAUGAUGUUUGGAUUGUGAUACUACUUGAUUAUAAUCGAUUGAAGUGUUUUGGUUGAGUCAAUUGAAGUCUGAUCAUCUUUUAUUGAUUUCUACUACAACCUGAGAUAGAUAGAAUCUGUUUAGGUUGUUAGAGCUUCUUCAAUCGGUAGUAGUGAAUCAAUUAUACGAAAGUUAGUCGAUUCACUGCUUUGUACUGUAAUCCAAUUCCAGUAGUGGAGUUUUGUGUUUAUUGCCUCAGCAGUCUAUCCCGAUGAAGGCUAGUCGCCUGCUGGUUAGUCUAUCUGAGAGGACUUGGUCAGCUUAAGAGAUUCCAAGCUACUGUCGGAUUUUCCGCAGUUUAAUCAACAGUAAAUCAACCAAAGGUAAUUACAACUUUGACCUAACUAAGGAGAUAGGUGGACUCAUUCCCGAGUGACUCUUCCCCUGCUUAAGAACUUCGAACCGUUUCCUGCUUUCUUACUACUUUAGCUAAAAUCACAUUCACUCAACUUAAUUUGCUAGAUAAUAGAUAAUCACGGAGUAGGCAAUAGAUCUAGACCCCAGGUUGAUAAAUAGAACUUGCCACUAUUCUGCAUUUCCGGACUGCGACUACACUUGGUCGCAGUUUGGUGUUGUGUUUUAGUGUGUCAAGUUUUUGGCGUCGUUGCUGGGGAACUCUAAGUUAUUGUGGAAACGUGAAAGUUUGUUACUCUAGCUUUUUCUUUACUGCAUUCUCUCUCUUCCACCUUUGUGCCUUCACGGGUUGUGUUUGCAUUCUGUGUGCAGGUAGUGCAUGACCUGUAGCCAGUCAGGAGACUUACUGCCAUUAGAUCAAGAGCUUGAAAGAACCUGUAGGAACUUCAAGCAAGCUCUAAAGGCGUGACUGGCUGCGGAGGAGGCUCUAGCACAGUUGCAGAUCAACUAGGAGGAAGACAUGGGUGAGCCGCAAAACAACGAUGUGGUUGCCAGUGGUGCGAAAGCUCCCAUCACACUGUAGAAGACUGUCAGGCGAUGAGGGAGUCGACUACACCCCAGGAGCAGUUGGACUUCAUCGGCAAUGCCAGGCGUUUUGACCCCUAUAACAAAACUUACAAUGAGGGGUGGCGCCAGCAUCCCAACUUCUUCUGGAGUGGGACUAAUCCUAGACCACCAGUCUCCUACAGACCGCCAGGCUUCCAGCAGCAAUAGCCUCUUUACCCGCCCAGACAGGGGCCAGUUCCUCCUCAGUCACAGAUGCGACCAUUUCAGCAGUCAGGUGCAGCCCCCCAGCCCCUGUACAGAGUGAUUCGAUGUAAUUGGCGUCCUAAACGUCGUCGUGCGGUCCGUUCCCACUAUCUGAGGAGAGGGUAACCACAGGAGCGCUGCGAGGCUGUUAGCUUUCUGACUCGGAAAAAUUAAAGUCGCCAAGGUUGUCAUCAACCGUCAAAGAUGCCCCCCCCCCCCGCGCAUAGCUAUUGAAGCGCCAGUGUCGGCCAGAGGGUCCAUGCCUACUCCUAAAAGACCAUAAUUAAGACCGUCUAAUUUCUCCCUGCAAUAGUGUUCUCAAGGCCGCACACUAAAUCUAUGUUCUCCAAAUCCCAUUAUAGGUCGGACACGCUAAAAGGGGAAUAAAGAUAGAGCAUAACUUAGGCGAUCUGCCUGGUUCUAGAAGAUGGACAGCUGGACCCCCGCCGGUCUUGGGCGAAGAGCGCAGAAGACUCGCGCAUGCGCUGGAGGUUCGAACCUCAUCAGAAGGGGUAGUGGCAGGAAUGUCGAUGGAGAGAUUCUUGUUCUGGCUAUCAGAAAGAGUGGUGCUCUGAGAGUCGAUCGUCAUUUUGGAUCUUUGUUGUUUCUUCUUCGCUCGUUUUUUAGAGUGUUUAAUCCUAUCGAGAUAGGUUACUUGCUCCGCUGAAAGAGGGGGAUGACUUCGCAUAUAGGAAAAAAAGGUGAACUUGCAGCGAGCAAUUUUGGGAGGAUUUUGGGAAAGAUCAGAGAAAACGAUAAGAAAAAAGAAGUAAAGAAGAAGGGUAAAUAGUGGAUAUAUAUAUAUAUACGGAGGAGGGCAGUGACAUGAUGGUUGGGUGACUGAGGAAAAACCCUAGUCUGCUAAUUCAAAAAAAGGGCAGCUGAAACGACGCCUAGGCUUACCGUUGUCAGAGCUUGAUUUUCGAGUCCUGUCACGUGGACAAGCAUGCAGUCAAUGAUGUGAACCGGGUGGGUCAGACCGCAUAAAAUCAGAGUUGAGAGGAGCGCGACACUUAGCGAAAUGAGAGAAGCGUGUAGAUAACCUUACGACGGGAAAUCUGCCUCUGGUGCGACCAGGGGCAAAGGGCAAGGAGAGCGGUUGGGAAACAAAGACCGCUCAACAUUAUCGAUCGAGAAAUUAUAGCCGCCAAAACCCAAAGCUUUUCCCGCCUAAAGGGAAAUUGUUGGGACCAUGGUUGAGCGGUAUUGGGCUUUAGAACCCAAGCAAAGCGAAUAGGCCCAGCCCAGGGGGAUUGGCGGCCGCAAGCAAUUAAGUAGGUUAGGCGAUCAUUCUAGGGACAAGACAGGUAUAGACCGCCUGACAUAAAGCACUGAUGGUGACAAGAGGGAGGGAUCCUCUAGGAUAUUUACCUCGAAGCAAGCAAGACUAAGCAUUAAUUAACCGCCGUAGGUGGCCUAUAACAGGAUUAGGGCACCUGACAGAGCAUUUAAUGCUCUAAACUUCACCUAACCGGAUAUAAAUACCUCCACACUAGCAUUGACGGUAACUCAACUACUUCCCUUCUCUUUAACAUAGUUAGUAAAUACUCCGUUUGAUACAAGUAUAUGUACCCGUAAGUAUUUUAUCCAUUUAAAACUUUCGUAUCCAUAUUAUUGUCAAGCCGUUUCAUUUUCCCCCGUUCAUUUGAUGGCUCCCGUACUAAACACGUAUAAAAUCCGUAUAACACAUUUAUUAUCCGUAUUUUAUGAAUUAAAUUAUUAACUUUACUAUUAUUUAUAUAUUUAUUUAUUUUUAAAAUGAUUAUUUUUAUAUAUUUAUGACUAUUAACGUACUAUUAAAUGUAACUUUAGCUU